CGCGGGUGAAACCGAACAUUCUUUGAGAUGGGGAGAGAUGUGGGCUUGCGGAGCUAUUGACAUAGCCCAAUUGAGGGAUAAGCGUUUGGAGAUAUGAUGAAGACCAAAAGCUCCAUGUGUUGUUGUAUAAAGAUGCCAAGCUCUUCCCCCAAGAUGGAGGGAAGACAGCGUUGUUUCCUUAUUGCAAUUGCUCCUGGUUCAAGAUUCCCUCUUCACUUGCAAAUACUUCCCACACCCAUUGGGGCGUGCUCUCGGCACAAUGUUUCUCUCCAAGCUGGUGUAUUUCUACACCCCUCAUCGCUGCUCUCAGCGAGGCAAUCUUUAUCCCUACGCUCCUAAUAAUCAGCAUCCCUCCAAUCCCAAUAAUCACCCCAAGCCGCCCCAUCACCUCCAUCUCAUUGAUUCCAUUCACGAUCCCGACACCAAUACCACCACCACUGGCAACAUCGCCGGCAGAACACCCUCCUCUAGCACCGCCCCUCCCUGUUCCCACCGUCGGCCUAGCACCCAAAACUCCUUCACCAUCAGCCAUGGCCUUGGGGGCACCACCGUCCCUCUCAUCGUCACGCAAACCUUCGAGUCCAUGGAUUGGAGCACUGUUAUUAUCUCAAACCUCCCACCUGUCGCUCCACCGCCCGCUUACCGAACAGAGACCCCAGUACCCAAGAGCUCGACUGAUCUUACCAUUCCUCGAAGCGACAUCCAAGCGCGCUUUCUGCUACUUUCCGUAGACUGGCGAAACAUUGGCGGCCAAAACUACUUGGCCUCUAUUCAAGAUCAAGGUGGUUGCGAAUCCUGCUGGGUCUUCUCCGCCACCGCGCUCAUCGAAACCAUGGUCCGCAUCCAGCACGGCAUGUGGUCCAAACACAGCGAAGACGACUUCCACGACCAAAUGGGGGUAUCGUGCGCUCAAACUGGCGGACCUGACUUCGCCUUAAACUGGGUAGCCAGCACGGGCGGGGGCGUUGCAGACAAGCAAUGCGACAAGUAUUAUGGGGAUGAUAAGCCUUGGUUUCCAUGUGGUGAUCGCAGUAGACGCACUCUGAGGAUCCCGCAGUAUCAGAGCCUGAAUACGAUUGUGGAUCAGAAACAGUGGUUGGUUCAGGUGGGUCCGAUUGCUGCCCGCUUUACUGUUUAUUGGGACUUCUUUAGUUGGGAUUGGACGAAGGGGCCGUAUAAGUAUGAUAGCACUUCGGGACUUGACGGGGGUUAUUGCAUCCUCAUCGUCGGAUAACACCGGUGCUUGGAUCUUCAGGAACUCAUGGGGCCCUGGAUUCCGGGUCGAUGGGUAUGGGAACUUGGCCUACGGAACAGCUCAAAUCGACAACUGGACCAAAUUCGGCACCACAAACGUCAACCCCGAUCCCUGGACCAGAAGACGGCACCACAACGGCAUACUCUACCAAUCCGGCAAC